AUAAAAAUAAUCUUUAAAAAAAAGGAAAAGAUAUGAAAAUAGAUAAUAAAUAAAUAAAAAUUUUAUUAGGGUUGAAUAAAACAUAUUUAGAUUAUUUCCAUCAUAACUGGGAGUUGAUUAAAAUAAUUAACCUAAGUUUAAUUAAAAAAAUCUGAAAUCCGACACCAUUCGCGAGCUCGCGCUACUUCGGCGGUGUCGCUGGGUUGCGUGACCUGUCAGCCAUGCCCGCGGGGUUCGCGUGACUCCUCCGGCGCAACCACAAUGGUUGUGCGACCCUGUGCGACCCCUCUGCAGUGACCAUAGGGUCGCACAACGUCUCUGUGGCGAUAGUGAAAGGGUUAUGCACCCCCUUUGAUGUUGUUGCAAGGUCGAUCGACCCCUCUGCUGCGGCCACGGGGUCGCGCAACACGUCGCAACUGUCGUGGGUCUGGUACCGGGGUUGUGCCGACCCCUUCGUUGCAGCCACGGGGUCAAGCAACACGUCGCAGCUGUCGUGGGUUUGGUGCCAGGGUUGUGCUAGUGCCGAUCGCCAAGUGGAACGAGAUGUUUCGUCCGUUUCGGCCGUCUCGGCACGACAUUUUAAACCAUGAAAUUAAGUAUUGGGGAUACUAUUAGUAUAUGAUUGAUUUUCUUCUUCUUUCUACUUGCUCUAACCAAAUCAUCUUUCUUAAGGUUUCUUUACUCUCUCUAACCAGGAAUUAAUUUCUUCUCCUUUAUCAUAAAGCACUUCCAAAUCAAACAAGAAGUUGAAAGAAAUUCACGUAAAAGCCUAAACAAAUCCUUUGUGUCCCUAACUUGUCCUUCAAAUUGUAUCUCAGUGAUUAUAAUUAGAAAUCAAGUUGUAACACUUCAUUUUAGUUAAGUUGUGGGCUAAUAAAUAAGCUUGAUAAAAUUAGAUGAGUGAACUAAGUUAAACAUUUGGGGCCGGUCGUUGAACUUGACAAGUUUAUGGCUCAUUUCUCUUAACUAAGCUAGUUGUAAAAAUGACUAUUAUUGCAGAGUAUUAUUCUCAUGCAUGGUUAGGUGUUGGAAAGGGCUACUUGGUGUAGCCACCAUUAAGCCUCCAAAUUGUUAUGUUGGUUGAAGGUUAUGAGUUGACUGAAACGUCAAGGCUCAAACAGGGGAUUGGUAAAUGAGGCUGGGCGAGAGGUUUCCAUAAUAUAAGAGGCAGUUCCAACCAUGGUGAUAGCAAUUUCUUCUUCAACCUUCUCACUCACCUCCCACUUCCUUCGGGCCAUACCUCCCGUAUCUUUCUAUUGUGAUCCUGCUGUUUCAACACCAAAAAUACUCUUCAAAUCUUCAGCAGCUUUACCCCUCUCCCGUCAUCGAAUGAGCCAGACAUUGCUGUACCUCUCCGUCCACUCCGUCGAGCUUCAGAGCAAUGAUGAUUGCUUGAAACAAAGAAACAUUCACAAGAGGAGGUUCAGCGGAGUAGUGCAAGCCACAGAAGUGUCCCAAUCUGGCUCCAUUGACUCCCCGGUGAUGCAGGUCAUGGAGAAGAAGAUCAAGGAGCAACUAGAUGCAGAUGUUGUCGUCGUGAAGGAUGCCUAUGGAGAUGGACGACAUGUAAGCAUCAAUGUUGUCUCAAAGGCAUUUGAAGGACAGUCCUCCUUGAACAGGCAGAGGAUGGUGUACAAAGCCAUAUGGGAGGAGCUUCAGAGCACUGUCCAUGCUGUUGAUCAAAUGACCACAAAAACUCCUACUGAAGUUGUUGCAGAAAACUGAAACUUAGAGCAGUCUAUAGACCAGAUGAACAAUUUCAAAGCUUUUUUUUAGGUUAUAUUUCAAGCUGUGUGACAUUAUAAUGAAAUGCCCAACAAUUUUUUCAA